AUAGACAAUAAAUGUGUUCGUACAGUAGCCAGUAAUUGUAAGCUAAGAUUACGUACAUUUGUAUUUAUCCACAAAAUUUUAUUUAUAAAAUUAAGUGUUUAUUUAUAAAUAAUAAAUAAUGUCUUUCGCACUGGGAAUGUGUGAAACUCCAGGAUGUAAGUCCGUAGCAAGUCUCCAGUGCCCGACUUGUCUAAAAAUCGGCAUUCAGGGCUCAUACUUUUGCAGCCAGGAUUGCUUUAAAGGAAGUUGGAAAACUCAUAAAGUUAUUCACGAAAUCGCUAAGGGUGAUACUAAAAAAUCGUCAUCAGAUGAAUAUAAUCCAUGGCCAUCGUAUCACUUUACUGGAAAAUUACGUCCCUAUCCCACACAUCCAAAGCGACAGGUAUCAGUUAAUCCGAAAAUAACUCGUCCGGAUUACGCGGAUCAUCCCAAAGGGAUUCCAAUAAGCGAACAAGCCGUCCGCGGAUCGUCCCAAAUAAAAAUCCUCGAUGACGAGGAGAUCGAGGGAAUGAGAGUCGCAUGUAAAUUGGGCCGCGAAGUACUUGACGAAGCCGCUAAAGUAUGUGACGUCGGGGUAACAACCGCUGAAAUAGAUCGGGUUGUUUACGAAGCUUGCAUCGAGAGGGAUUGCUAUCCUUCGCCGCUUAACUACCAUCAAUUCCCAGCUAGUUGUUGUACAUCUGUUAACGAGGUUAUUUGUCACGGCAUACCCGACACUAGGCCACUUCAGGACGGUGACAUCUGCAAUGUUGAUGUCACGGUCUAUCACAACGGCUUUCAUGGGGAUUUAAACGAGACAUUUUUAGUCGGCAAUGUCAAGCCGGAAAUUAAAAAAUUAGUUCAGGUUACUUACGAGUGCCUAUCAAAAGCUAUUGACAUUGUCAAGCCUGGGGAAAAGUAUAAAGAAAUUGGCAAUAUCAUUCAAAAACACGCACAGGCACACGGUUUUAGUGUCGUUCGAAGCUACUGCGGACAUGGAAUUCAUCGAUUAUUUCAUACUGCACCCAGUGUUCCUCAUUAUGCUAAAAAUAAAGCUGUGGGAGUAAUGAAAGCAGGCCAUUGUUUCACUAUCGAACCGAUGAUAUCUCAAGGUACUUGGCGGGAUGAAAUGUGGCCAGACCAUUGGACAGCGGUGACAGCUGACGGACAAUGGUCAGCACAAUUCGAACAGACUCUUCUCGUGACUGACACUGGCUGUGACAUUCUCACCAAGCGUCGCACAAAUGACGGUCGUCCGUGGUUCUUUGACCAAUUAAAAAAUUAGUCGCUCAAAAUCAAAC